AUGGCGGAGGGGAGAAACAGAGUCCCAACAUCGGUGUCGGUCACAGUUGCCCACGAACUUCUUCUAGCCGGCCACCGUUAUUUGGACGUCAGGACUUCAGAAGAGUUCAGCCAGGGACAUGCCACUGGGGCGAUCAACGUUCCUUACAUGAACCGUGGAAAUUCAGGGAUGUCAAAGAACCCCAACUUCUUGGAACAAGUCUCCUCCCAUUUCGGACAAGCCGAUGAGGUCAUCGUGGGUUGCCAGGGCGGGGGAAGAUCUUUGAAAGCCACGGCUGAGCUUCUUGAUGCUGGUUUCACGGGCGUCAAAGAUAUCGCCGGUGGCUAUUCUGCCUGGACCCAGAAUGGUCUUCCUACACAAGACUGA